AUUUAAAACAGCACCGUCGACAAACAGCGUGCUGAAGUGGACAGCUCCCGUUCAGAUGAAGAAAAGAAAGCCACACGAUACUUAGACAACCAACCAUCGAUCUAGUCACAGUUUGAUUUGGUUCGUCCAGCGGGACGGGUCUGUCUCUCACGGUGAGCUGACAUUUAACAGCGUUUGUUUUAUAUAAUCAUCACCAUCCAGAUGUGCAUCUAAGAAGACGGCGACGGCAUUAAUGGACUUUCCGUUAUUUAUUUGUUGCGAGCCGACGCUGACGGAGUUGUUCUGUCUGGAUACUGUGGAGUUGUUCUGUCUGGAUACUGUUUAAUAGGAAACACCUGUAGCUGAAUCUGCUACACAGUCUCUAAUAUAUUGGACUAUUAUUACCCACAAACCAACAGAAAUGUUUUGAUACACUAUCUAUUUUCUGCAGGCAGGGAGGGCUGGUCUCUCUGACGCCGUCGGCCAUCUAAUCUCCAAUGCAAAAGAGCGAAGGUAAAGCCAUUUACUGGUCCAUUAAUAUCUAAGCUUCUCUCUCGGCUCUCUGUGCUGCUCGCAGACAGGAACAUGGAUAGAGAGGAAUUCGCUGUGACAAGAGCUUUGACUGGAUUCGUAUGGAUGGUGUUCUCUUGUCCAAACUAAAAAAUAAAAUCAAAAAGACAGUGGAAUCGAGCUCAACAACCGACCACAGUGCGUCUGGCGGUUCGCGAUCACCAUCCUUUUUUGUUGUUGUUGCGCACCGCUUUUAAAAAAAUUAAUUGAAUGCAUUUUUAAUGUAGCCGGGGGAGAUCAGAGGUGGGCUUAUAUUUGAAUUAAAAAACAACCAUGGGGGGCACAGAUGAGUGUAAAACCAUGCUGGAUGCUCUGAACAAAGUCACAGCGUGCUACAGGCACCUGGUCAUCGCGCUGGGCAGCACAUCGGACUCUCAGAACCUGCGAGAGGAACUCAAGAAGACCCGGAAGAAAGCCCAGGAGCUCGCGGUGGCCAACCGGAAUAAACUAACCGAGUUGCUCAAAGACAAGACCACCAGCAAGGACGACCGGGCUGAGUAUGAAAGGCUAUGGGUGCUGUUCACCAGCAGCAUGGAGCUACUGGAAGUGGACAUGAAGCGGAGCUUGGAGAUAGGGCAGGAGUUCCCCCUCAAGGUGCCCACCAGACACCUCAUCCAGACGGGCAUGACCGGCAGCACCACCACGGUGGCCGCCAGGGCCAUGUCUGUGCAGAACAUGAAGUACGACGCGGACAGCAACAUCGACACUGCCGACCUGAAGGAGCUCCAGGCUGAGAUCACCCAGGUGGGCCAGAUGAUGGAGGAGAUGGAGAUGAAGGUGCAGGUGGCUCCGUGGGCCGUGGAGGCCAAGCAGGAGGCCGGCGCCGAGCUCAAAUCCACCCUGAGCGUCGGGAACUCCUCCGUGGGCGUCAUUUCCAUCUGUGAAGAGGAGCCCAAAGACGAGAUAGAUGAAGGGGGUGACAAUAACGGAAUGAUCACAUGUAUCGCUGGGUUCAUAUUCGUUGCUAUUGUAGUAAUCGCCGGGAUUCUAGGAUACUUCGUAAUCGGUGGAUAGGAUACUUAGUAUUGGACGUUUUGAGCCAGCCUGGGAAUACUUCACAGAUAAACAGCGGGCGCAGCUCAGAGACAGAUACAGCCCGGGAUGGACACUAGGCAGGUUAUAUGCCCGGAGAAACGGCUCUGUUGUUGAGGAGAGAGAGACUAGCGGGAGGAGCUGUCCAGGCGCUGAAAACUGUUGCGUCUGCAUCCCAAAUGGCACCGAUUCCCCAUAUAGUCCUCUACUUUAGACCAGAGUCACUGCAAGGCGUUAUUCCACAUAUAGUCCUCUACUUUAGACCAGAGUCACUACAAGGCGUUAUUCCACAUACAGUCCUCUACUUUAGACCAGAGUCACUGACCAACUAAUAUAUAGCCCUUAUAGCAGAUAACAGAGGGCUGGACUACCACAACUAAUAUAUAGUCCUUAUAGUAGAUAACAGAGGGCUGGACUACCACAACUAAUAUAUAGCCCUUAUAGUAGAUAACAGAGGGCUGGACUACCACAACUAAUAUAUAGCCCUUAUAGCAGAUAACAGAGGGCUGGACUACCACAACUAAUAUAUAGCCCUUAUAGUAGAUAACAGAGGUCUGGACUACCACAACUAAUAUAUAGCCCUUAUAGUAGAUAACAGAGGUCUGGACUACCACAACUAAUAUAUAGCCCUUAUAGUAGAUAACAGAGGGCUGGACUACCACAACUAAUAUAUAGCCCUUAUAGUAGAUAACAGAGGUCUGGACUACCACAACUAAUAUAUAGCCCUUAUAGUAGAUAACUUGGGGCUGGACUACCACAACUAAUCUAUAGUCCUUAUAGUAGAUAACAGAGGGCUGGACUACCACAACUAAUAUAGAUAACAGAGGGCUGGACUACCACAACUGUCAGCUAGAGUUGUACGUUUUGGGUGUUUCAAGCAUAUGGAACGACAGUCGAGUGGGAUCCAUAUAGCUAGAGCAGAGGGAGGGUUUUGUCUACAGGGGGUAGAUGAUCAGGUCCUCCUCAUAGCUGGAGCAGAGGGAGGGUUUUGUCAACAGGGGGUAGAUGAGUAGGUUCUCCUCAUUGCUAGAGCAGAGGGAGGGUUUUGUCAACAGGGGGUAGAUGAGGAGGUCCUCCUCAUAGCUAGAGCAGAGGGAGGGUUUUGUCAACAGGGGGUAGAUGAGGAGGUCCUCCAGUGGCAGGCAGGUAGCACUGUUCACUCGCCUCGCAGUCCCAGCUGUCUGACUGCCUUGUACAAGAUGAAGUUCAUUACUACGUUCCCACUAUCUCAAUGAUGUCAGCCAGCACAAAUCUUCAGAGGAAUCCUCAGACUGAGCAUUGAAUUCAUCCCUGCCAGGUCCCUGCCAGCUUGCAGUCCUCCUCAGGGGUCAGGAGACCAUAAAAACAAGCAAAAAAUAUGGUGGGGUAUUCAAACCAAAACACACUAGCUAACUAGCUUGCUAGCAUUGUUAACUAGCUAUGUUGAAAUAACUGAUUUUCCAUCAUAUUCACAGGUAGGAAACACAUUGAUUUUACCCAGACUUAGUCUAUACCCAUUGAGCUAAUUCAAAACCAAAUAUCUAACUAAAAUAUGCAAACAAACCAAAACAAAUAAAAAUGAUUAAAUAUUAACUAAAUGUACUGGAGCUCUCUGCCUAGGCGACCUCAUAGCGCCAUGGCAACAUGUGUAGAAUGGCAGGGAAUUUGCUCUCUGCCUAGGCGACCUCAUAGCGCCAUGGCAACAUGUGUAGAAUGGCAGGGAAUUUGCUCUCUGCCUCAUGGCAACAAAAAUACAUCCUUGCUCGAACCGUGCAGGUGGCCCCACCAAACUGCCCUUUACCAUUGACCAGAGCCCUAUAGGGACUGGCACUAUAUAGGGAAUAGGGUGCCAUAGGGCUCUGGUCUAAAGUAGUGCACUAUAUAGGGAAUAGGGUUCCAUAUGGCUCUGGUCUAAAGUAGAGCACUAUAUAGGGAAUAGGACUCUGGUCUAAAGUAGUGCACUAUAUAGGGAAUAGGUUCUCUGGUCUAAAGUAGUGCACUAUAUAGGGAAUAGGGCUCUGGUCUAUAAUAGUACCACUAUAUAGGGAAUAGGACUCUGGUCUAAAGUAGUGCACUAUAUAGGGAAUAGGGCUCUGGUCUAAAGUAGUGCACUAUAUAGGGAAUAGGACUCUGGUCUAAAGUAGUGCACUAUAUAUGGGGCUCUGGUCUAAAGUAGUGCACUAUAUAGGGAAUAUGGCUCUGGUCUAAAGUAGUGCACUAUAUAGGGAAUAGGACUGGUCUAAAGUAGUGCACUAUAUAGGGAAUAGGGCUCUGGUCUAAAGUAGUGCACUAUAUAGGGAAUAUGGUGCCAUAGGGGUCUGGUCUAAGGUAGUGCACUAUAUAGGGAAUAGGGUGCCAUAGGGCUCUGGUCUAAAGUAGUGCACUACAUAGGGAACAGGGUGCCAUAGGACUCUGGUCUAAAGUAGUGCACUACAUAGGGAACAGGGUGCCAUUUGGGAUGUAUUCUAUGGGACACAUCCAUGUAAGGAGUUACUCGGCCUCGUAGAGCCUUUCUGAAUGUAUUCAGCAUCUUCAUGAGAAAUUGCACUAGAUAUAUUUUUAGAAGUACGAGAUGUUAGGUCUAGAAAGGGAGGCAGAGCGUGUUGGGCUCCACAUGAUCACACAGGCAGGUCUAAGUAUUAUCCUACACAGAGUAUGUCCAUUAGUAGGGUCUAGGCUAGGGAGAGGAAAUGUGUGUCCACAAUGUGAAAGAGAACACAUCUAAGGGUUAAACACGGUUGCUAUUGGAAUUUCACAUAUAUAUUUUCAACGUCAGUUUCAUGUUCGUUUAUAUCCAUCAUGCAUCCCUCCAUCCAUCAUCCCUCCCUCCAUCAUCCCUCCAUCCAUCAUCCCUCCAUCCAUCAUCCCUCCAUCCAUCAUCCCUCCCUCCAUCAUCCCUCCAUCCAUCAUCCCUCCCUCCAUCAUCCCUCUAUCCAUCAUCCCUCCAUCCAUCAUCCCUCCAUCCAUCAUCCCUCCAUCCAUCAUCCCUCCCUCCAUAAUAUACCAAAUGCCUGUUCCCUUUCCAUUACCAAGGCCUGGAGCAGUGUUUGUUUUAAUGCAUACAUUGCAGGAGUUUGCAUACUGGAUUGGUUUGUAAAUAUUGUGUUCCUGUUUCAAAUAGAGUACAUUCUAUGAAGUCUUGUUUAUUAUAAUAAACAUGUCAAAGACAUUGUC